CUGCGUUUUCUAGCGAUCGAUCUACCUUUCCCACAGACUCACUUCCAAAGACUGCUAAGGGAUUAAUCGAUGGCAUCCGAAUCCACUCAGAAGCCUCGGCAACACCGCAUCUCUGUCGCCUGCAUCGACUGCCACAACAGACGACAAAAGUGUAGCGGAGAAAAGCCCAUUUGCCGCCAAUGUCGCACCUCAGGGAGAAAUUGCACAUGGACGGACCAAAAGAGAAGGGGUCCAGUGAAAGAGGAGAAGAAGAUGAUUCAGAGACGACUAGAGGAGACAGAAGACCUUCUUGUGGGCCUUCUCCGUGUAAUCCCCGAUGAACUACUUGCCGACGGAAUGGAGUUACGCCCAUCCGCGCAAAGACAAAGAGAAGCAGCAUCUUCAUCAAAAGAUAAUGAUCUUUUGACUGCUCAACUAGCAUCGUUCGGGCCAAGGAAAUCAGUCUGGGACGACGCCCCUCUAAGCACUGUUGCUGAAGUUCGUAGGUGGCAGGUAGACUACGAUACUGCGGGCGUGACGUCCUCCACACCUCGCAAAGUUCGACAGGAUUCUCCAGUUCCAGAUGAGAUGGAUCUAGGCACCCCGUUUGAGCAAGGAUCAUGGGAAGUUGGAAACCCUCAAAUGCUCCAAUCCAUGCCGGAUACGUUCGACUAUCAGCCUCAAAAUCGUGACGCGAUACGACCGACUCACGACGAUAAAACGGCUACAAUGGCCGAUCCACAUAACAACACGACGACUGCAACGGCUGAUCCUUCUAAUACAUCGAUUGGAGGCCCUGCGGAAGCUAUCCCUAACAGUGCAGAUGUUCUUACCAGAAAAGAAGUGUUACCAGUUCUGCCAUCUCACAAAUCUAGUCCUUUGAAUUCAUCUGUUGGGCCAAGUACAAUCGAUCCAUGGAGCAAUUCGGACUUGUCAAGACAACAGGAAGAAGACUUGUUUUGGUAAUAGCACUGCCAUUCUAGAAUAAUGCGAAUUGAGUUUACGACGAUACCAAGAACCAUCAUGCAAAGAAACCCCUUUUAAUUUAAUGGAAUACUUCUAUUCUUUAUUUUUUACAAUUAAAGGUCAAUGUACCAUGAUGCCC